GCAUGGAUGGUCGGGACAUUGGGGGCGGGGGAUUCGAGACUAUUUUGGUUCCCGCCAGUGUUGAUAGCAAAACUACGCCCAUGCUUGUUCAUUAGUUUUCUAAGCUUGUCAUAUGUCUAGAUGGAUGGAGAAACAACUUUUACUGGCCGGAGUUAAAGAGAAGAUGAAGAAGUAAAGAUCGGCCCACAUGCGGGCGGUUAUUUCUACAGUCCAUAAUAAAUCCUGUGCUGCCGAGUGCAUGGUGGCUUUUGCGGAGGGGAUCAUGCUGCAUUUCAUGUCUCGCCGCUCCCCCGUCGUUUGCCUGAACGGCUGCGUCGCCUCAAGUCAGCCGCUCGCCUCACAGAUUGGGCUUGACACUCUGAAGCAGGGGGGUAAUGCGGCUGACGCGGCGGUGGCUGUAGCAGCGGCGCUGAGCGUGACGGAGCCGUGCAGCACGGGCCUGGGCGGAGACUGCUUCUGCCUCUACUAUGAGGCCCGCACCGGCCAAGUGCGCGGGCUGAACGGCAGUGGGCGGUCCCCCAGGGCGCUGACCUUAGAGGUGCUGCAGGGAAUGGACUUUGACGAGGCCAGCCCCCCCCCACUCUUCCAUGCCCUGAACGUCACUGUCCCCGGGUCUGCUGCCUGUUGGUGUGACACUGUUGAACUCUUUGGAAGCAAAAAGCUCUCCCUGGGUGAGAUCCUUCAGCCUGCCACUGAGCUAGCCCUAUCCGGCUUUCCUAUUGCUGAGGUCACAGCGCACCACUGGGCCAACUGGGCAAAGGUUUCUGGCACGGAUCUCAGUCCAGACUUCCUGAUCGACGGCCGGCCGCCACGGCAUGGGGAGGUUUUCCGUAACCCUGCUCUGGCUCAGACGUUCAAGGAGCUUGCGUUACAUGGCAAAUUGGGCUUUUAUGAAGGCAGGAUAGCAGAGGCCAUCGUGGAUGUAGUCAAUAGAAACGGUGGGGUGAUGAGCUUCCUGGACCUGAAGAGCCACGCUGGCACUGAGGUCGUGCCCAUUUUCACCGAUUACAAAGGAGUAAGACUUUGGGAAAUUCCUCCCAAUGGACAGGGAAUAGCAGCCCUCAUUAUCCUCAAUAUAUUACAAAACUUCUCCAUCAGAGAGAUGGGUCACAACACAGCUGCCUACCUGCAUGUCCUGACCGAGGCCAUUAAGCUGAGCGUGUCCGACGCCGCCCGAUUCUGUGCUGACCCUGACAAGGUCAGCGUGCCAGUGGAGGGACUCCUGUCUAAGGACUAUGCCCGACAGCGUGCCCAGAUGAUAAACAUGACAAAAGCCAGCUGUGUAAGCACACAUGGUACGCCCCCUGGAGGUGACACUGUGUACUUCAGUGUGGUUGACCAGCACGGGAACGCCUGCUCCUUCGUCAACAGCAACUACAUGGGCUUUGGCACUGGGCUGGUUCCUCAAGGCUGUGGAUUUUCCCUUCAAAACAGGGGAGCAAACUUUUCCCUGGAUUCUAGUCAUGGGAACUGCGUCGGCCCAGGAAAGAGGCCCUAUCACACCAUCAUCCCAGCCCUGCUGACGGAACCCGUCUCCGGCAGGCUCCUCUGCUCCUUCGGAGUGAUGGGCGGCUUCAUGCAGCCCCAGGGACACGUGCAGGUGCUGCUCAACAUGCUGGACUUUGGAAUGAAUCCACAGGAGGCCCUGGAUGCCCCUAGGAUAUUUGUAAAGUUUGACAAGUCUGCCCAGGGGUGGCAGCUGCUGGUGGAGGCCGGCAUCGACGAGGAAGUGGCAGCAGACCUCCAAGCCUUGGGUCACCGUAUCUUCUGGCCGGUCUUGGGGCACGAGCGGGUGCAGUUUGGACGCGGGCAGGCGAUUGCAGUGGGGACUUGGUGGGAACCUGCCAGUGGCCCAUUAAACACAGCGUCCAGGGUGCUGUGGGCGGGGUCAGACCCCAGAGCAGACGGCUGUGCUGUGGGCUACUAGACUAGUCUACUAAUCUCUGUUUGUCCUCAGGAGAGCAUUGGAAGUCAUCACCUAUCUUUGUUGUCUAGACUUCUCUGCCUUCUUCUUUUCUUAAAGAGCUUUAUCCCCUAUUCGUCCUCUGCAAAAUCCUGCAAAAUUCAUCCUGUAAAAUCAUCUGAAAAUGAAUGAAAAUUAAGCCAGAAUAUCUGUUAUUCAAUAUUGAAUAGGUAUAGCACACCUUUUAUAUUUUCUACAUUGUGUUGAUAUGUAAACAAAUGUAAAAAAUAACAUUAAAAAAUCUGUUAAAAAUG